CCAGUUGUUAGCGCCCGUCAAAGUUGUCGGUGAAGGUCUGUAAUGCGCAUGCGCGGACGGGGCUCCGCCGCUCACAUGGUAUUAACUCCAUCUGUCUCUGAAGCAGCUCGUGCGGCUCCUCCGGUCAGUCUCCCCGCCAUAUAUACAUUGCCCGCCCGGUAAGUAGAGGUACAUUUCAGCAUCUUCUGCAGCUCUGCACCGAGGGACAGACGGGUUUAUUUGUAGAAGGAGUUUGGGAGAAGGCGGCCGCCAUUUUCUUGUAGCCCUUUUACAUGCAGACCACAUGGGGAUUUACCUUUUUGUUGCUCUCCAGACCGUUUCUGGGGUCAGAGGUUAUACUGGGAUAAACCCCUCCUCAAUUCCUCCCAUGUGAUCAGUAUCAGAAUUGCUCUCCUGAUUGCUAAACAAUGGAGAGCAUCUCACAAACUACAGUCUUCUUGCACCAGAGUCAACGCAACAGGAUAACUGAGGAUAAGAACAACCUGACUAAAAGGCUGCUGCAUCUGGCCAUUCAACUCCUUUGUCUUCAGACUGAAGAGCGUUAUGUCAUAUUGAAAAAGUUUGGCCCUCUCAACAACCGCGUCAGUCGUUCCCGGAGUUCCAUCAUGGAGUGUCCACCUCCCUCCCUGAUACCAGAGAACAAGAAGAUUCUAGAAGCCACCAACAAGAUCAUUGAGCUGCUGACUGGAGAGGUUCCUAUAAGGUAUCAAGAUCUCACAGUCUAUUUCUCCAUGGAGGAGUGGGAGUAUAUUGAAGAACACGAGGAUCUGUUCACGGAUGUCCUUCUGGAGAAUCAGCAGCUGUUUGGAUUAAUUGGCUGCUUCAAGAGAAAAAGACGCUCUGAGACAACAAGUGGAUCAGGAAAGUCGGGAAACUGCAGAGCGGAGGCUGUGUUGAAUGUCACUAAAGAGUUAAUCGACCUGCUGACUGGAGAGAGUUUUAUACUUGUCAAGACAUCUAGAACAAUGACAGACAAACAGAGCUCAGGAUAUCUUGGUAGAGGUCAAGAUGGCAUCAUUGAAUCCCUGCCUGACCCCACAAUACCUGAAAGAAACAGACAGAUUCUGGAAGCCACAAAUAUGAUUCUGGAGCUGCUGACAGGAGAGGUUCCUAUACGGUGUCAGGAUAUCGCUGUCCAUUUCUCCAUGAAAGAGUGGGAGUAUUUAGAAGGACACAGGGACCUCUACAAGGAUGACGACAUGGAGAAUUCCCAGCCUUUCAUAUCUCUGGAUGGAGGUCUCCCUGCCUAUGAGCCUGAUGGAUAUCCCCUUCCUGCUCGCCAUUUAGAAGAAGGAAACAAAAACCUUUUUGUUAUGAAAUCCACCCAGAGCAGGACAGCCAGCGUGGAUGAAAAUGGGGGGGGAAAUAUUUCCAGUCCCAAAGAAAGUGUCCAGGCCGUCCCUGUCAGUACAAAGUCUCCAGUUUCCAACAAUGCAGCACAUUGCAUUAAAGAAGAAAACUUCCCCUGCUCCGAAUGUGGGAUCUGUUUUUCCAGCCAGCAAAAACUGGACUUCCAUCGCCGGCUUCAUAUGGAAAGAAAAACCUAUUCUUGCACAGAGUGUGAUAAAAUCUUCCUAGCAAAACUCCAGCUUGAGAGUCACCAGAUGAGUCACACAGGAAUCAAACGCGUCCGCUGCGCCGAGUGCCACAAAUCCUUUGCCACCAAGGGUUCCCUAACUGUUCAUCAGCAGCGCCACUGCCUAGAGGCACAAUAUUACAGAUGCUCGCCAUGCAGACAAGACUUUGAAACUAAGCAGGAAUUGGAGGACCACAUGAAGAACCAUCUAAAAUCACAGGCCACCUGUACCGAAUGUGGAAAGCGCUUCCUCAACAAAGGGAAUCUUAAAGCUCAUUACCGAAUUCACACCGGAGAAAAACCAUUUGUCUGUCUAGAAUGUGGAAAAAGUUUUACAUACAAGUCCCACCUUGUUUCCCACCAGCGCUUUCACACGGGGGAGGGGCUAACUUGCCGUUAUUGCGAGAUGUUUUUUGCGGACAGGGCACGUCUUGUGGAACAUGAGCGCGUUCAUACUGGAGAAAAGCCGUUUGCGUGUUCUGAGUGCGGAAGGCGUUUCAACAGAAAAUAUCACCUCGUAAUGCAUCUGAGGACUCACACGGACAUUCGGCCAUUUGGGUGUACUGCUUGCGGGAUGCUUUUUACAUCUCAUGGAACUGCAGAAAGACAUCUGACGCAGAGGAGAUGCAAAAAACAAAAAGCCUUAAAGUGCUGAAAAUGAUUGUAAAGUCUUGUGUGUGUGUGUGUGUGUGU